UUUAUUAGAACAUUUAACCUGUAUCAUUCACACAUAUCCUUUUAAUAUUUCGACAUUAUUUCGUUCCUGAAUUUAUUACAUAAAAGUAACAAUGCCUGAGAAUUAUUACUGUUAUGACAAUUUUUUCUAUAAACUAACUAAUAUGGAAUCUCCAAGAAAAAACAAUGAUUGCUAUUUUUAUUAUUACUCAACAUGUACAAAGGGAGAUAACUGCACAUUUAGACAUGAACCAUCUGCUUUAGGCUGUGAAACAGUAUGUUCGUUUUGGAAAGAAGGGAAGUGUCUUAAUGUUCACUGUAGUUUUCGUCACAUGGAACUUCGGAAAAAUCGAAAAACCAUUCCUUGUUAUUGGGAGAAUCAACCAGGGGGCUGUUUGAAGCCUCAUUGUCCUUUUAUGCAUAAAAACCCAAAAGACUCAACUGGAUUAGUGAAUAUAGUUAAAUCUUCAGAAACAAAAUCGGGUGAUUUGAAUGCAACUGGCUCACAAUCGUCAGACACAGAAAAAAUGCGGAACCAAUGUGGCGAACCUAACUAUAGUCGUUCAACAGUUGACCCACUUGUUGUAAAAUUUGAAGAAGAGUCGGACAAUGAAUCUGCUACUACCAACUCUCCAACUAAGUUUAAUCAACCCCAGAGGGUUGUUAAAGUUAAAACCUUGGAAGAAAUUCGACUGGAAAAAAUCCAAGCAGAGUCAGCAGCUUUUUAUUCAUAUCCUGGUUCUGAUCAAGUGACAAUAAUUCCUGUUCACCAAUUAGAAGAGGACACAAAAACUCAAGAUCUCAGAGCGAGGAUAUUGCAAAGAUUAAAUAUAAAAGUGGACGACAAACCAAACAUUAUCAACUUGGAAGACAACAGAAAACGAAAAAUUAAUUUGGCACCAAGUGAAUUAGAGUCUAAACAAGCCAUUGCAAGAAUAAAGAAAAAGAAAAUCACAUUUUCGAAUCAGAAAGAGGAUGUUGAUAUCAGUGAAAUAAAAAUAAAGACAUUAGCAGAAAUAAGGGCUGAAAAGCAGAAAGCUUCGGACGGCACUCUAGUAUCUGAGACAGAUAUUUGCUCAGAGGUAAGCAGUACUUCCAAUGAUAAAGACGAAGCAGAAGAAACCCCCGUAGAAAAGGAAGAAAAGAGUAAUAUUAUAAAGAAAACGAAAAGGGCUUUACAAGGAACAACAGAAGAAGCUUCGAAGAGUAAAAUUAAAUUAAAACGACCUAAAUUAUUUGAUGACGAAAAUGACGAAAUAGUAACUAGUCAAAGUGAGUCUUCCUCUCAAGUUCAACCGAAAGAAAUAACUGAAGAAAGGACAAAUGAACGGGAAGAACGAAUAAACGAACUGGAUGGAAGAUUGUCAGAAGUUGAAGAAGAAGAAAAAAUGACAAAAUUGGGAUACGAUUCAAAGGAUUCGUCCAAAUUUGACGAUAUACUAUUUUUAGAUGACGAAGAUGAUACAAGUGUAACUUUAAGAGCAGAAGAUGAUAUUUUAAAAGACAUAGAUGAAUUACUUAAUGAUGACUGAUCCCUAAUUAAAUUUAAGUUAUGUUUAAGAGGGUUACAUUUGCACUAAAUUGCAAUUAGUUAUGUAUGAAUUGUUCAGGUACCACCUGCAAUGAUGAUUUUCCUAUUAUAAAGGAAGUUAAUAAAAAAUAUUAAUUGUAAAAGGUUGUAUUAUAAUAUAAUUUUAAUCAAUAUGAUUUUAUCUUAAGCAUUAAAAUAACAAAAAAAUAUGUUAAAUUGUUGAAUUAUAUAUUUUUAUUGUGCGUAGUAAUUCUGUAAAACAUAGAAAUAAAAUGCCAUUUUACCAUUUAAGAUACGUUUGGCCUUAGUCUAAACAAGUACUGCAAACUUAAUGUAUGUACGUUUUUUGAAAUAUCAUAAAGUUAAACAAUGUU